UUCAGUGCUCGACACGUCGACUGGCACGCUGGAGUCCCUCGCCGACCCCAGCCUCGGCCCCAUCAUCGAGGCCAAGCGGGCGGAGAGGGCAAGUCUGGUCGCCCAGAAGCGGGCAGGCAAGCCGCUGCACCUUCAGCUGCAGGCUCUGGAGGGCAAGAUGGCCGCCGCCCAGCGCAAGCUCGCGCGCCAGCGCGAUGAGGUCGUGCCCGAGCUGCAGCAGCGCCUGGCAGAGGCCCAGCGGGUGCAGGAGGCGGCCUGUAAGGAGCUGGAGCAGCUGCAGGAGGAGAAGGCUCAACUGGCCAGGCGAGUCGUGGCGGAGGAGCAGGCCCCUGCGGGGGCAGCGGGUCCUCGCGGCGGUGGCCCACACUGCGGGCAGGCGGUCAUCAGCCAGCUCGUGGCCAACCUGGAGAAGUUGGUGGGGGACACCGAGGGCGACGGCGACUCGGUGCCCAAGCCACUCGUGGAGUCCCUUCAGAGCUUGCUCAAGCUGGUCAAGGAGCUCCCUCAGGCCUCAGGGGCCCCCGCGGAUGCGGCCGCCGCGCCUCCUGGGGGGCCUGGCGCAGCGGCGGCGGCCGCGCCCCCAGGGGGGCCUACUGCCGAGUCCUCGGCCGACGGCGAUGGUGACGCAGUGGAGGAGCAGAAGCGCAAGCGUGACGAGCUGGUGGGCCAGUACCUCAGCGGGCUGCCCGAGGAGGAGCGCGCCGCCAAGCGGGCGGUGCUGGGGCGUCGCUUUGAUGGGCCCACUGGCCCGCCCUUGAUCGACUGGACCACCUAUGGGGACGGCCAGUUCUGGAAGGGCGAGGACCGCCACCACGAGGAGCCGCACGGGGUCGGCUUCCCUGAGGGCGGCGGGGACGCGCACUCUGGCCAGGACGUCGGCUACGGCGCGCCCGCGGCCAUGGACAGGCGACUUUCGCCCGUCGUGCCCAUCACUCCUCAGCCCACCUGCCUCGAGGGCAGGUCGCAGCACGUGGGGCGUGACCCAGCUGAGCAGCCUCAGAGGCGCCGACGCACGCGGCGAGGAGACCGACACGUCAUCGCAGCCACUUCCAAUGCUAAUCUCUCCUGGGCUCGAGUCGAGGAGUUCAUGGAAGAAGAGAUCGAGCAGAUCAUCAAGAGAGGUGGCGUCCCCAUCAUAGCGGUACAGGAGCACGCGAAGCCAGCCGAGUGGUUCAACGUCACCGCAGCGGCGCAAGAGCGACGUGGCUGGCGAGUUGUGGGGGCGCCUGCCGCGCGCGCGGCGGAGGGCGGUCACUCGGCGGGGGUGGCGCUGAUCACGCCGCGCUGCCUGAGCCUCAGCCUGGCGCCUGGCCAGGCGUCGUGGGACAUCUCCCCCGCGGGCGCCGCAGGCAGGCUGUGCUUGGCCAUGGCCGAGGUCAAGGGCAUUGGGUGGAUGGCCCUCUUCUCGAUUUACUUGUUCACGGGCAAGCCAGUCACCUGGGCUCCGAACGCGGCCCUGCUUGACACCAUCGUUCAUUGGGUCUGCCAGAUGAAGAUUCCCUGGGUGGCCAUGGGCGACUUCAACAAUGAGCCGCACGCCACUCUGGACAGCCCCUGGAACCAGGAGGCUAAAGGCCAAGUUCUGGCCUGGCAAGGGGAAGGAGACACUUGCAGGUCCAAGGUGGUUAAGCAGGGCGUCGAGGAGUUUAAGGAUCGGGUCAUCGACUUUUUCUGGGUAGAUGCGAGGCUUGCAGUGAUCUUUUGCCCAGUGAAGUCUUUCGAGAACAUGCGCUACAGGCCGCGCAGGCCGACUUGGAUCCGCGCCGACAAGCCCUGGCACGCGUACCAGACACAGGUUCUUAAGGGCCCCAAGCAGUACCCCAUCACCAGGCCGCCGCCAGUCAGGCAGCCCGAAAUCCCGCAUGGCUACCCCAAGAUCGACCUGCUCCACGGCUCCCAGCAGCACCUGGACCAGUGCUGGAGGGGGUUCUGCUCUGCAGCCGAGGCCGAGCUUCGAUCUCUGUUCGGUUGGACGGAGUUGGAGGCACGCAGGUAUGAAGGCCGAGGUUUGACUCCCGAGGUGGUGCAGAGACAGCUUCUUCCGAAGCAUGACAGCCCAGUGGCCGAUCGAGGUCCUGCCAGGGCCUGGCGCUGGGCCGCGGGAGAACUGGCCUGGAUAGGCCAACUUGUCUGCUGUGCAUUGCGGGGCCAGUCUGUGUCCAUGGCCAAGGCGGAGGCCUUUGCAGGCCAGAACACCACCUCGGGAGAAGGGCCUCCUCGAUCCUACAACGAGGAGGUAAAGGGCCAGCUCAGACGGGCUUGGAGGAAGCUGUUCCAGGCGGGGCACCACUGGGACCAGAUGGGGCCCUGGGGCGCGGGGUUCCUGCCCACGCUGCGCAUCCUCUCCGACGUGGGGCCCCAUUUCAUGGGCGCGCAGGCCAUCUUCGCGCUGCAGCAGUUCGCCAAGGCGUGGAAGGAGCCCAUCUCGUCGGCCAAGAAGCGGAAGUUACCAUCGGAUCCGCAGCUCGCGGUCAACCAGGAGGCGCAUGAGUGGGCUGGCAUUUGGCGCGCGGGGUCAGGUGACUACACCAAGUUGUGGCAGGGCGCCCAGGUCCAGGCCCAGCGGAUGGCCCACGUGCAGGAGCUGCCCAUCAUCGACGCGGUGCAGGUGCGCGCAAUUUGCCGCAGCUACAAGUGGAAGGCGGGGCUUGGGCUUGACGGCUGGCACUUCGGGCACCUGGCCUGGCUCAGUGACGAGGCCUUGACCAGCCUCGGGGACAUCCUCAUGUUGUGUGAGCGGCUCUGCUCGUGGCCCACGGCCAUACGCAUGCUUAUACUUUUCCUGGUCGCCACGGGGGACGGAGGCGGCAGGCCCAUCACCCUCUUUCCCACGCCAGUACGCAUCUGGGAGGCUGUUCGUGAUCCUUUGGUUCGGCGAUGGGAGCGGGCACACGUGAGGCCCUACGACUGGGCAUCACCAGGGCGCAGCAGUGAGCAUGCUGUUUGGAGAGCGAUGCUGGACGACGAGGCCCUGGAAGGUACCUGUUUUGCGUCACUCACAGCUUUGAUGGAUUUGGAGAAGGCGUACGAACAUGUUGCGCUAAAUUUGAUUUGGGUUCUCGGUUUGGUGCAGCAAGCACCCAUGAGUGUCUUGGCCCUCUCACUGGAGUCGUGCGCUUUCCCUCGGGCGGUACGAAAGGGCCAAGCCGUUGCCGACGCCAUAUGCACCUGCGUGGGGCUGCCCGCUGGGUCGAAGUAUGCCAACCGCUUCCUGAAGAUUGCGUUGUAUCCGAUACUGGAUGUCGUGGCCCGAUGGCCAGGUGCUAAGCUGGAGAUCACCGAGUUUGUGGACGACCUAGCCUUGCGGAUGGUGGGCAGGAGCACACAGCUGAAAGUGAUCUUCCCCGACCUGGCCCGCACCCUCAUUCACCUCCGGGAGUCUUUGCUGCAGCUCAAGGUCUCGAAGGGCAAGGGAGCCAAGUCGAAAUUCGUCUCCAGCGACGUCUCCUUGGCGCAGGAGCUGGCUCAGCCCGUGGCGGACAUUGGCCUUCAGCGCGGCGAGAGCGAGCGAUGGCUGGGCGUGGACUACCAACCCCAGGGCCCUCGGAAGAAGGCCACCAGAGCCAGACGGUUUAAGACUGUUCGAGGACGCUGGCACAAGGCGGCGGCCCUCAAGCGACGAGGGGCGAGGAUGCGCCCUGUGGUGCAGCAAGGCCUCAAAGCGUCAGUUGCGUAUGGGGCGACCUGCGCUGGCACACCUCCUGCCGUUCUCAAGUUCGUCAUGGCCAAGACAGCUGCUGUGCGUGCGGGGGCUGGGACCUUUCGUUCGGGCACGUUGGGCUGGGCGAUCGCGCCGAGGACUGGCGGCGCCGAGCAGCUCAGGCUCGCCCCGCUUCGGGCAUGGGCACGCGAGGCCUGGGAUCAGCCCGAGAGACGGAAGGAGAUGGCCCACGCGUGGGGCCGUCAAUGGCCCAAGGUGCAGCGUGCCCUCACCUAUGCCCCCGCCAAGUUCGACGCCUGGAAGAUGGUGAGGGGGCCAGCCGCAGCCACCAUGCUGACGGUGCACGAGCUGGGUUGGCACAUGAAGGACGCUUGGACCACCGUCGACGGCGUGCACUGCAAGUGGGACAUCCGUGAGGUCGCCCCCCUCGAAAUCUUGCGGUCGGCAGAGAGGGCGAUCGCAAAGAAGAAGCUCAUGGAUUGGGCGCUCGCGGAUGAGGAACGCCAGCCGCUCCGACCCGCUCCCUUCCUCUUGCCAGUCAAGCAGCUCAUGCGUUCCAAGCCCACGGGGACUUGGGCAAGGCACCACAUCAACAGUGCCAGGACGGUCGCGUUAGGAGGCUACCCUGUUCAGACCGUGUGCUACGAGCGCGGCCAGGUCACGAGCCCUCUGCGCCCUCUGUGCGGCAAGAAGAAGGGCACCUUGAUGCAUGUGCAUUUUCUUUGUGAUGCAGAUGUGUGCGUCACGAUUCGUGAUGGGCUCACGGAGCCGACGCUCAAGCACAGUUUUCGGGACGUGGUGCAUUUGGGCGAGACGGCCGCCACGAAGGAGGAGCAGGGCUGCAGGGGCGGCGACACGCUCUUCUGGAAAUGGGCUCGCGGUCUGAUCGCGGACCCCGUGGCCGACUACCAGGUGCCCACGCCGCCCGACGAGUACCAGUGGGGCGACCCCGACGGGGAGAUGGUCCUGUCGGGCUGGGUGGCCACGGACGGGUGCGUCCUGGCCCCCGACGUGGAGGAGGUCUCCACGGGAGGCUUUGCCGCCAUCACCUGGUGCGCGGAGAAGAAAAGUGAGGUUCAGUCUUUGUUCGGAGCUGUCCCAGUUGCGAGGCCCACGUCGGCCCACUGUGAGAUCUGGGCAGUGUACCAGGCCAUAAAGCACUCGGGCAUUGCCGCCCAUCGGUGGCGGAAGCUCUAUCGUGAUCGAAUCCUGGACGGUAAGAAUCCGUACACGGGAAAGCCCGUGCGGGAGCAGGAUUGA